AUGUUCAGACAUGACACAAACUCAAGUUCAACAAACGCCACAAACUCAAGUUCAAACACGACACAAAUUCAAGUUCAAAAAAUACAGAAACUCAAGUUCAAAAAACACACAAAAUCAAGUUCAAAAACACCACAAACUCAAGUUCAAACUCGACACAAACUCAAGUUAAACCAAUACCCAAUUCUCAAGUUUAACAAAUUCCACACCCUCAAGUUCAAAAACACCAGAAAACUCAAGUUCAAAAACACCACAAACUCAAGUUCAGACACGACACAAACUCAAGUUCAACAAACGCCACAAACUCAAGUUAAAACACGACACAAACUCAAGUUCAAAAACACCACAAACUCAAGUUCAAACACAAACUCAAGUUCAACAAACACACAAAAUAAAUUUAAAAAACACCAUAAACUCAAGUUCAAACUCGACACAAACUCAAGUUCAACAAAACACAAACUCAAGUUCAACCAAUACCCAAUUCUCAAGAUUAACAAAUUCCACACCCUCAAUUUCAAAAACACCACAAACUCAAGUUCAACAGUCGCCACAAACUCAAGUUCAAACACGACACAAAUUAAAGUUCAAAAACAACAGAAACUCAAGUUCAACAAACGCCACAAACUCAAAUUCAACAAACACACAAACUCAAGUUCAACCAAUACCAAAUUUUCAAGUUUAACAAUUUCUAACAACCUCAAGUUCAAAAACACCACAAACUCAAGUUCAAAAAAACCAUAA